AUGGCCGAAGGAGUUCUCUUCGACACUGCUACGAAUAUCAUUAAAAGUUUGGGCCCUCUUAUUCGCCAAGAGAUUGGGCUGCUCUGGGGUUUUAAAGAUGAGGUUCAAAAGAUCCGGAACACGGUUUCCACCAUCCAAGCCGAGCUUUUGGAUGCGGAGGAGCAGCAGGACAAUAACCAUGCCGUCAAAGAUUGGCUUGAAAAACUGAAGGAUGUCAUGUACGACGUCGAUGACUUGCUGGAUGACUACUCCACUAAACUUCUGCGCCAACAAGUGAUGACACGGGAUAAGAAGAUGGCAAAACAGACUUCUUCCGGCAGUCUAUGGCUUAGGAGAACGGAAGGCCUCCUAUUUAUCAGCCAUGACCACUUACUGAUUUGUUUCUUUCGUGACCAAAUUGCCCUCCUUGUUUCUGUUAAUCUUGGAACAAAGCAACUUGGGAACCGAGAGACAAGCUGGCCAGAAAGGCUGCCCGCCGCCCACCGGAACCGGAGCUCGCCGGGUCCCCACUGCAGCGGCGUUGGCCGCAUAAAGGACCCUUUUUUAGCCACCUGCAGCGGCGUUGGCCGCAUAAAGUGA